CAUCUUCACCCUCGACGACUGUGUCUCAGCAGCUGACUUCUCCCCUGACCCCACCGCCUCCGACCUCUUCCCCGUCGUGCCUUCCCCUUCCCCCCGUGCCACCGCCAGCCGCUCGCCAUCAUGGGACCCAUCCCCAUCCCCACCCGCCGUCGCCGCGCAACCAGCCACGCCAGCGCGCUCAUCCCUUCACUUCCAGCUCGCCAAUGCCAGCGCGGCAACCAGCUCAUCGCCGCCUCGCUCGUCGUCGCCGACCCAACCCUGGCAUUCAUAGGAGGAGGCCCGUACGGGAAGCAGGUGACGCGCGAGUACGACCUCACCGGCAAGGACUUCAGCGGCCAGACGCUCAUCAAGCAGGACUUCAAGACGUCUAUACUGAGGCAAGCCAACUUCAAAGGCGCGAACCUGCUCGGCGUGCUGAUAUCUCCGAUGCUGAUCUUAGAGGCGCCGACUUCUCGCUGGCAAAUUUGUUUUAGGGCUGAGACUAUCAAAAGAGCCAAUGGUAACCAUUUUUCUGAGGAGAAAAUUUGCAAGUGGCUUAUGCAACUUCUCAUGGCUCUUGAUUAUUUGCAUGCAGAUCACAUUCUUCAUCGAGAUGUGAAGUGCUCCAAUAUUUUUAUUGCAAGAGAUCAAAGCAUACGCCUUGGUGACUUUGGGCUUGCAAAAAUAUUGACUUCAGAUGAUCUUGCGUCUUAUGUGGUAGGAACAUCAAGUUAUAUGUGCCAAGAACUUUUUGCUGAUAUACCAUAUGGUACCAAGUUCGAUAUUUGGUCUCUAGGACGCUGCAUAUAUGAAAUGACUGCUCUCAGGCCCGCAUUCAAAGCUUUUGCAAACAAUGCAAUUGUAUGGACAUGGGUAAGAGGAGGUUGGAGGAAAACUUGAAGAAUCAAGUGGAUCUUUGCAAGAUGCUUGACAUUGUAGCUUUGGAGAAGGGUUUCUUCUGAAAUAAUUGAAGUGUGGAAGAGGGGAUGUUGUAGCAAGAACCAAGAAAGAGGUCUUCUACAAAAUGUUGGAGUAGAUACAACCUCCGAGUCAAGGAAAAGAUGGUUGUUAUCUCCUGUCAUUAUUUUGCACAUGCUUCAUCAAGUCAACGAUAUUAUCUCGUGCAGAUUUUUGAUACCGUUGCAACGCACAGGCAUUCACCUAGUAUUCUAAAAAUGCACUCAACCUUUUAUUAUUUAUCUUUCAUAUCUAGACGUCUAAUAUUUACUUUUACAUUGCUUUAUCCUGAAUUGAUUCCACGUGUGUGGAACACGUGUACAAUUGCUAGUUAAUGAAAGAAUUAUUUUGUUUUAAUUUA